GGGUAGCUAGGGGUUGUGAAUAUACAGCGAAAGAGAGAGGAUAUAUAGAGAGAGUGAGAGUAGAUAGUGAUAGAGAUAGAAUUAUCAACCCGGAGAGAUUCUUGGUAGCAAGUGGAGUCUCCCAAUGGUGUGGAUUGGCGCGAACGUCGAUGUUUCGUUAUGAAUAUGCCUCCAAAACCUCAGAUGAACACUCCCCCAAGCCACACGAUUUUCACACGCUUUAGGAAUCAUUUCAACCCUUUUUAAAAAAGCAUCCCUUCUCUCAUCAAGAAAAAACAAACCAAAAAAAGUCCCACUUUUUAUGUGGGCCCCAAAAGACCACCCACUACUCUUACAUCCUUGACCACUAAUCAUGGUCCCUCUCUCUAUAGGCAUUUUCCUACCACCCCUUGCAUAUAAAUACAACCCCAACGAGCCCUCCUUCCCCAUCUCCUAACAUAGCAACAUCUCCAUCUCCAUCUCUUUUGCCACAUACACUUUCCAUGGCUGAGUCUUUGGAGUCUUCAAGGAAUAAAUGUGCCGCAUGUUUUAGACAAUUCAAUAAAAUGGAGCACCUCGUCGAGCACAUGAGGAUUUCAUACCACUCGGAUCACGAGCCCAUAUGUGGAAUAUGUAAGAAGCAUUGCCGAUCAUUCGAGUCGCUAAGGGAACAUCUUAUCGGGCCACUGCCAAAAGUCGAAUGUGCACGGAUAUUCACUGUCCGUGGAUGCAACCUAUGCUUAAGCAUUUUCGAUAGCCAAAAUGCACUUAGAGUUCACCGAUCGAUGUGCCAGAUGUCGCGGGCCACGCAGGGACUUGUUUCUCAAAUGUCUAGGCUUAGCAUUCAUGUUCCUUCUGAAAAUGAGAUGUACGGUGGUAGAAGAACAUAUGGCCCACAGGUGGUUGCAUUAGCUUGUAAGAUGGUCGGUGGUGGCAACGACGGAUCGUUAGAUCUUUGUGGAAGGGUCUGUCUCAUCGAUGAAGAUGAAAAAAUCAUCUUCCAAACUUACAUAAAACCCAAUGCUCAAGUUACAAACUACAGGUAUGAGACAACCGGCAUUAGAGCCGAGUACCUACACGACGCAAUGCCAUUGAAGCAAGUUGCAAGGAAGAUUCAGGACUUCUUGUGCAAUGGAGAAGCAUUGUGGAAGAUUCGAAACAAAGGUGGGAAAGCAAGGAUUCUUGUGGGCCAUGGUUUAGAUCAUGAUCUCCAGUGUUUAGAUAUUGAAUAUCCAGCACACUUAAUCAGGGACACUGCAAAAUAUCCACCGUUGAUGAAAACAAGCAAGCUUAGUAACUCAUUGAAGUACCUAACACAAGCCUAUCUUGGGUAUGACAUCCAAACGGGUAUACAGGACCCAUAUGAGGAUUGUGUGGCCAUGAUGAGGCUCUACCUGAGGAUGCGAUCACAAGUUCAUCCGACGGAUGAAAUCCCAUCAUCGUUUGAAUUGCAGAACCGUAACAAUUUCGCUACAUGGAGGCAGAGAGAACUUGAGCGGAUGACGCCGGAUGCAUUGCUUGAGAUUUCGAGGUCGGAUUAUUACUGUUGGUGCUUGGACUCUAAGCAAGUGUGGGACCCUUAAUCUUCGAUCUUGAUAAUAUGUGGCCAUUUGGAGGUGUUUGGUCACUCAAUAGUAAUACACUAAAAUGUGGUUUUUUAAGUUAUAUUUGGUUUAAGUUAUGGGCUUUGAAUCUUAA